AGAGGCCGAACACCUCUGGACAUAGGUACGUAUGGGUGUUGCCUGCCGUAGCCACGUCUGCCCGCGCGGAAGCAGCGCAUUGACCACCGAUCACCACUUCAGCACGGGCGUGGAAGAGAGAAGAUGUCAUUCGCUAUCUCGAGCCCCUUUGUUGAGGGUGGUCGGUGCAUCGGCUAUGGUAUCUAUGCAUGGUUCUCCUGGCUGGUCAGGACUUAAAUGAAUGGUGUUUGCAUGAUGCUGUAUAUGUAGCUGCGUGCGCUUCUCACCGGUGUGCUGUAUCUCCAAGUUUUCGUCUUAAUGCAGAAAACGCGUGUGGGGGUUCGCUGAGUGAUGUCACUUUUGUUGUCUCCAAGGCUUCAUCUCACAACAAUCUCUUGGGUCACCGUAAAGCAUACAUACAUAGUGCUACGUCCCUUGUCCUCGGAAAGCUGCCUACCAUGCCCCUUCUAGCUUGCGGCUCCAACGCCCACGGCCAACUCGGCAUCAAUUCCACAACGGACGUGCACACGCCGACACAAUGCGAGAUCGCCCUGCCAGCGUUCACACACCCAAUAUCCAUCUCCGGCGGCGCUAACCAUACCAUCAUCAUCACCUCAUCAAGGGAGCUCUUCGCCGCUGGACACAAUGAAAGCGGGCAACUAGGUCUGGAUGGCGGUGACCGCCACGUGUUUACGCCCAUCCCUUGGUCGCGCGACGAGCGGGGCGUACCGGUGCUGGCGGCUUGCGGAUGGGACCACACGGUUGUGUUGAACGCGGAAGGGAGGGUGUGGGGGUUUGGAAACAAUGUGUAUGGCCAGCUGGGGUUAGGGCCUGAUGUCGCUAAGACGCACGAGGCGGUGGAGAUCCCGCUUCCAGAGGGCAGCGGCGAGAUUGUGAGGAUUGCGUGCGGGAUGCGAUUUACGGUUUUUCUGGAUGAAGCUGGCAAAGUGUACGCGUGCGGUGCCAACAAAGCCGGAGAGUUGCUGCCAUUGCGGGCUGAGGCGGAGUUGGAUGUGGUCUUCAAUGUCCGGCCGCUGGUGCUCCCGCCAUGUCGGGACGUGGCUUGCGGGCAGUACCAUGUGGUUUUCGCGGAGGAGGACCGUGGUAUUCUGAGCCAGGGGAGGAAUCGGCAUGGGCAGCUGGGCCCGGCAGACGGGCUGCUGUCGGGUGACUCCGCUGAGGAGGGUAGCACAUCCCGACGGCGAAGUAGUCGGUUCUGCCGGUUCGACGAGGAUCGUGCGAAAGAUUGUUCGGAGCUGUUCUCCGGAUGGAAUUUCUCGGGAUAUGUUUCUCAAAGCAAGCGGUUGAUCCUAUGGGGCCGCAAUAAUUUCGGUCAACUCGGUAUAGGGACAAUCGACGACAACCAGCCUCCGACACAGUCACCCAUAGAAGAUGUGAUGCAGAUUGCGUGUGGUGCGGAGCAUACCGUGGCCUUGACCGCGAACGGGCAAUGCUUCAUCUGGGGCUGGAAUGAACAUGGCAACUGCGGGUUGGGACAUACGACUGACGUGCAUACGCCGACGGAAAUACCAUACAGUGGAGGGAAUGUGAGGAUCGUUGGCUGUGGCUACGGCCAUACGCUUCUGUACACCGACGGGUAGGAAGCAGAACAUCAAUCAAUGACACCCCGAUCGAGAAAGGGAGAAUCCGAAGGUGCUGGGGUAAUAGUUCUUGGCGGACCGGUGGAAGUGACAAUACAGAGUAGCGUUAGACAGAAGGGAUAA